UGUACUGUACUAAUAUCUUCUAAAACAACCGCAAAAUGCCUGACUAUUUAACCAGGAAGCCUACGCUAUUACUGCUAAGACUCAUAUGACGUUCACUCUAUACAAUUUUUAUUCCCUGAUACUCCUGACCGCGGAAAACUACUUCCCCGCUAGGAUAAGAGGACCUGAAGAGAUGAAUGGUCUUCCAACGCUCCGCUCCUUGCACGCCUAAACACUUAAAAGUCUCAAGGAUCCUUUUGACCCUCAUGUACAUCUACCUAUAAUGAGUUUCAAUGCAAAGAACCUAACUUAUGAGAAAAACGAACCUGCAUUUCUUCGAAAGCUGAGAAGCCAAUACGGUGAUGGAAGUGGUUUUCGCAAUGAUAGACCAAGCCCACGUCCUACCAAAAAAAAGGAUGCUGAUGAUGAUGACGCCCCUACAUACGUGGACGAGGCAAGCAACGAGAUAAUUUCCAAGGAGGAAUACGAUGUGUUGGUGAGAGGGGACAGCGACAACAAAAUAGGGGAAAGAUCUGGAAAUAAUAGAAAUGAGAAUGAGAAAACAAGGUCAACAAAUGAUACAGGAGAUGGCGUUGACCAAGGAGAACGGCAAGGCCCCAAGGCCAAACGAAACCAACAUUUUGCGGAGAUUGGUGGCGCAAAGAAACGAAAGCAAGCUAAAGUAAUUGGAGAGGAUGCGACUGAAGAUGCCACCCGAAAACCUCCAGCAUCACGGAAACCGAAGCUGAAAAAGAAGAUUAAGCUAUCAUUUGAACAUACUGACUGAGAUUCAAAAUAUGUUUAACAUCGUAUUUACCAGUACAGAUUGCCUGUAUGCUGAACCCUUUUAGGUAGUUUUAGACAUAUAAAGCACAUGAAAUUGAAAUUUAAUUAGCUUCGUUAUUCUAUUCUACCAGACCCCGUUCAUACUUCUACCGCAACAUCACA